AUGGUGGGGCGGAAGCAGUACUUCACUUCGCGGGAGGAGACCUUCCCUCUGGUGGGCGGAAACGCGUCGGUGCCGGAGGUGAUGCGGGCGGGUGGCUCCGAUUGGGCCUUUCCCGCCGACGGCGGGGAGCCCACGGGGGGCACCGGCAACGAAACCGACGCAGCGUCGGCCAUGAACAUGACAACAGCGAUUCGGCGAUCGUUGAUACAUGUGAGCCUUCCCCGCGGGCAAUCCACUUUACAGCCCUUGCGCAAGGAGGUGCUUCGUGCCCCGCGCGUACUGGGGGCGGCGGAGGCUCUGGGGUUGGCCCCUUCUAAGCACGUCAGUUGUUUGGCGGUCGGCAAUCCUAGCGGGCCCGGUGGUUCUUCGAAUUAUUCGGCGGACGCCACAAAUAUGGCGGAUGACGAUCUUUCAGGUUACACCGAUAUCGUGCGUUUCCGCCUUCUCGACGUGCAUGAGGCCUUGCUCGCUCUUGUCAAGCGCGAACAGGAUGCGGAGCGGGGAUGGAACCACCACAAAACAACUGGGCGGCAAGGUACACUGGCGAGCGUUCUUAUGACUGCCCAUAGUAAGGUCUUGUCAGGCCACUACUCGUUGAAUGCUCUCUUCAUGCGUCAAAGUUGGCUUCUGCGGGACAUCUCAGAUUUCACCAUUCGCAAUCUAAUCUCAUGUUUGAGGCCCCAAGUAUACUUACCAGGCGAAAUAGUCGCAUGCCCACAUAGCUAUCGCAUGCGCGGGGUGCGCCAACUCUGCUUUCUGCGUCGUGGUCGCAUACUAAUUGUUGGUGCCUCCUCCCUCACAAAUGGCGUAGCGCAAGCGGCGGCUGGGGGCAUUCUCCCAAAGGAUAAUGAAAUGAUUUGCGUUUGCCAAGAAAGCAGUCGGCACCCCAAUAAGGAGGGGCGUGUGCUGGAGAUCUUGGAGCCGGGCACCAUCUUUGGAGAGCUUUCCUUACUGUUUGGUGAGCCACACACGCACAUGCUGGUUGCCGACAAGGCGUGCGACAUCUGGUGCCUUCCGCACAAGGACUUUUCAAGUAUCACCCGCCGCGACGACGCACUCCAGCAAUCCCUCCUUGCCAAGGCCUCGGCGAGGCGCCGGCAGUGGCUAGAUGAGCAGCGCCUGACGCCUGCCAUUGCGAACCACCUGCGCGAACACUCGCCACUCUUUCGCGCCCUCAACGAUGUCGCGCUGCGGUUGGUGCAGGAGCGUCUGGAACCGGUUUUCUUUUCCUUAGGGUCCCUCGUCACGAGUACGUCGGAGCGGUGUGAGGAGAUGCUCUUCGUGACGCGUGGCCAGCUGAUCUCCAUUAGCGGCGGUACGAUCGCCUAUGGCCCUGGUGAUGUCAUCGGCGAGAGCUGCCUGAUUCCGCACCGCUGGCCGUUUGCGCUUUCUGCAAAGACUAUUUUAGAGUGCUGGCGGCUCCGACGCGAGGAUCUGAUUGAUGCGCUAGAACGAAUUGAGAUUUUGCACAUUCUCUCGGGCAGGGCCGACGGCCAGGUCUUUGCUUAUAUGAAACAUCUCUUUCGGUCACCUGUCCCAGAGGUGGACACGAACUUACUUGGACAGCAGUGCAUGCCCAUUGUGGAGCCACCUCCAGGCGGCUUCGGCUACGUGGCGUUCGCGAAACGCCUGGCAGAGAUUCAUCUUAAAGCCCUCUGCUUUCUUCACGCCAGCCGUAUCAAGCUUGAAGACAUUAAAUACGCUACUAUCUCCUCAGAGAAGACUGGAAUCGCUGACAAGGACUUUGGGGAUGAUGGUAUCGUUCAUAAAUACAUUUUAUCCAAGAUGAAGCAUGCUCAUGCUAAGACCUUUGGCGGGGAUCCCGUGAGCGUGUGCUCAGUUCCUGAGGCACUGACUGCGAGUUAUGACCAAAGUCAAGUGAAUUCCGCAAUGUUCACUAAGUCGAUCAGUGGCUCAUUGAAACGUCGAGUCCCACCCCUCUCGGUUGUCAUCGACAAGUGUGUCCAUGAACAAAUGGAGCGGCUUAAUCGAUCUACUUCAGUGCCAACCAAACACAAGAAACACGGCAAGAAUGCAAGCUUAGAUGUGUCCAUAGCAAAUACCAAGAUAUUGAGUGGAUUGCCACCUUCGCACCGGAAAAAGUCACAGUACCGCGCUAACACUGGAUUUGGAGCCUUUUUGCUAAAGAUGGACACUGCCUCUGCCCCGUCACGCGGGCCCCAUCCACCGCGUCGCCCACCCUCCUCAACUUCCAGGCAGGAUGGGUCUUCUAAACCAAAGCGUCUGCAGUCUCCUUCAAGCGCAGAGGGAAACCUUAUUAAUCCUCGACUGAAUCGUUAUAAUAAAACACGCGUGUGCGACCAAGGAAGUGGCAAAGGUACCUCCCUUCCACCAUUUCUGCAGAAGUAUCUUAAUAUGAUGAAUGAGCGCGAUAAGGCUAUGGAGGCCGAGAAAAACAAAAGUGGGCGGGAACACAGCCAUCCAAGAUCGCAGUCGUCCAAAGGAAAGACUUUUGUGAGCACCAUGAUCGAGUCACCACCUACUCGAAAUCCUUUUACUCAGAUUAAUGUUGCGGGAAGCUCACCUGUUGUGGAAACUAAAAUACGCGCGGAUCAGGCCAACGCCUUACAGAUAUAUCUGGACCGACUUCCCCCUGUACACCUUUUUUUGAUGGCAGAGAAACCUCAGGCGGUCAUCACCAUGGAAGAGGCAUUGUCCAUUGGCUAUGUGCUACAGUUGCCGAGCAUCGAUGAUAUUCAGUCCUGUGUAUCGUUGGUUGAUCCUGAUGUCUCUAUUUGUCCCCUUGCGCAUCGUGCUCGUCUACGUACCAUGGCUAUAACCCCUAAUGACCGUUUCCAUAAGCAUAACUUUUACUUUGCGGCUGUCUGCUUCGACGAGGAUGUAAAUAAGCCUUCUGCUAACCAACUGGAGAAACAAGCGAUCGAUCUGGAGAGGGAUAAAGCGCUGAAAUUAUUAACGAUAAUACGCGCUGAUGCUCUAUCUCACUGGUCCACCGUUGCGCAAAGGAAGCGGUUAUCUAAUGAGGAAAAUAUUUCACAGGAAGAUGAGGAAGAUUUGAUAGCGGGCCCAUCUAAUAGCCAGCACCUAAGCGAGAGCAGAGGGGCCUCGUUGUCACCCUUCCAUAGAGAAAUGAUCACGCCAAGUGUUUCAGAUCGUGGUGAGAAAAAGAGGGAGUCUUUUCUACGCCUAUUAAAAGAAAGUCCCAAUAAAAUGAUAAACCUACUGCAUAAAAAAUACAAUCUCACACUACCUGAAACAUUAUCUAUCAAGCGAGAGUCUAUUACUGCCCUUGUGCACUCGAAAGCAGAGAGAAGGCCUGCUAUGAUGGACCAUCGGGCUCCAGUCUUGGAGCGGCUGCUAAAGGCUGUCACCGCUGAGGGGACGAGCAGUGACCUUCAUCAGCCCACUAGCACUCCAGAACUAAAAAGCGAUGCCUCGUUAUCCGCGUUAGAAUCCGCCGCCGUAUCGGUUCCCAACAUCGCGACCUCAAACUUGAGGUCUUCUUCCAUAGUUGAGCACGAUCUGCAGGAUUCCCAAUCUUUUCCCCUUGGAUCUCAACCGAGGUCCUACAGUGCGACGAAUCAAACAUGUAACUCUUUAAGAGGUUCUUACUCCUCUUUUGCAUGUCAUUUCUCUUCGCCAAAUAUCGCGCAGUUGAAAAAAAACGUUUUAGAGGACCAUUUUCAGAAGCAUGAGACCUCGCUUGUUGUGGACCGCUAUGGUUCGCUAAACCACCCCAACAUGGUCAGCUUCGAAAUAGAUAAAAACUUACCGAUGCGGAUCAAGGGAAACUCGCUGAGCAGUACGUCAAAGGAGCCAUUUUACCGGCAUUCCUCUCUCGAUCUCACCCAAUCAUCCCUGCUGACACAUCCUUCUGUUGCCUUUGCCGGCACCCGUCCUGCAAUGCCGAAUGCCGAGGAAGAGGAGAUGGCGUCCCCCCUCAGAUCGGCGGAUGAGCUCAACCCAAGGGACUUUGUGAUGCCAGAUGUUGAAAACGCCGAUGCCAUCGUGUCCUCCAUGCAGCAGGAUAUUGAGGUUCUGAAAGCCGUCGCAAAGCAGCAGGCCGAUGAACGGGAGCGGACUCAAAACGAAUCCGACACUUUUCCAACCGCGCGCUACGCCGCGGGGAGCCUUUGCCAAGACUUUAGUGAUGAGGCGGGGCAUGUGUUGGAGAACAUGCGGAGGAUCUGCUACUCCUCGGAAGUGGAAACCGCACGGCCCAUCGCCGUGCCAAACUUCCUUGUGUCUGAGGCGGGGCCUGAUUACUUGGCCGAAGCCUACACGGAGGUAAAUUCCAUGGAUACUGGAAAGACUACUCCUUACAGACUAUCGAAGGGAGUACAUUUAUGGCAGAGGGAACUUAAGUCCAGUAAGCCGGUCAUUGCCGAAGCAGAUACUUCUUGUGCUCAAGAAAAUGAUGCUGUACGGUCCGUUGUGGCGAGCAUUGGUUCUACACAAUUUGGUCAUAAUGCGGUGCCCUUGGCGUGUCCGAUGCAAAACUUUACCCCUGAGGAGUAUGCGAAAUGGGUGAAGAAUAGAGAGGAUACACUUAGUUCUUACCUUAUCUAA